AUGGCCGCGCUCGCAAGCAAGAGGAAACGGGACGAUCAUGACCUUGGCGGCAUGCGCACCGCACCAGGCAUGCAGAUCCAGGCCAACGAGUACGACGACUCGUACCUCCAGGCCGACCCUAACAACAUGGCCUUUGCCGACAUGCUCUCCCACCACAACGUCGACAAUAGCGGGGCAGUAGAAGACGAUCACGAGGAGCACGAGACACCAGCACAAGCCGGCGGGCAAGUGGGCCAGCACGCGACAGAUACCGCGGCAGCAGCCAUGGCACAAUACCACACCAUGACAAUACCCGCCCCAACCGAGCAGACCUUCAUGGCGCAGAACCCCGAGACACCUCUAGAUCGGCAAGGAAGUGCCUCAGGCGACGCGGGAAAUACUCAACAUCGGACAUCAAGCUUCGGGGACUUUGAUGCUAGCGGACCGCGAGACACCAACAAGGACCACGACGGCGAAGGAUCUCCGACGGGCGACUCGAGUAUGAAUGCCAUGAUGGCUGGUUCUAAGCCGACUGUCGGAUCAGAUGAGUGGCACAAGGUGCGGAGAGAUAACCACAAAGAAGUCGAACGUCGCCGCCGUGAAACGAUAAACGAGGGCAUAAACGAACUCGCCAAGAUCGUCCCCGGCUGCGAGAAGAACAAAGGCAGUAUUCUCGCCCGUGCCGUCCAAUUCAUCACCCAGCUCAAGGAGAACGAGAGCCAAAACAUCGAGAAAUGGACUCUGGAGAAACUCCUGACGGAACAGGCGAUCGCGGAACUGAGCUCGAGUUGCGACAAGUUAAAGGCCGAAUGCCAGCGUGCUUGGGCGGAAGUCGAGCAGUGGAAGAAAGCGGCACAGAAGGCUGGAGCGAGUGUUGACAAGGAAGAUGCUGAGGGCGAGGAAGAUUCAUGA